CUCUAAAAACACACACAUCACUGUCUCUAAUAAUCCACAUAUAUAUUUACAUCUCAGGUCUCCACCAUAUAAGCCCUAGCAAAACCCUAAUCCUCAAAUCUUCAAUCCCAUUUUCCUUUCACCACAGCCUCAGAAAAUGGCCAAAAAGAAAGUGACCCAUCAACCCAAAGACUCCCAAGAAGAAGCCCCACCUAAUCAAAACCAAAUCCAAAGCCAAAAUCAAUCCCAACCCAAACCCAUGAAUGACUCCACUACUGAAAAGGUGCAGAGCUUGAAGUCACUCAACUCUCUGCUCCUCAAAGAAACCUUUGAGCGCAGACAGCAGGUUGAGUCCUUGGAGCAGGCCAAGGAGGCUUUGGAAUCCGAGUUAACUCGGUCUGUAAUGGAUAAGAAUGUGCUUGAGGCUGAGUUGACUCAGGCCAGUGAUGAGAGUAUUGGGUUGGAGUUGGAGAAGGUUGUGGUUUGUGCUUUUUGGGAGACCCAGAUGGGUGAAAUGGGUGUUGGGUUUGAUGGGUUGGUGAGAGAGAAGGCUGAGGUUGAGAAAUUGAAGUGUGAGAGAGAGGCUGAGAUUGGGUUUUUGAAGAAAGAGGUCAAUGAGGUCAGGGCUAGUCUUGAAAAUGAGAGAGAUAAGUUGAGCGGGGUGUGCCGAGAGAGGGAUUUGCUUAAGACUGAGAUUGAUGGUCUGGUUGAGGAGAGAAAUGGGUUGAGAGGAAAAGUGGUUGAAAAGGAGAAAAAAGAGAGGAAGAUUGAGGAAGAGGUUGGGAAACUGAAAGGAAAAUGUGAAGGACUAAUGGUGGAGAAGGCGGAGAUUGAAAAGGCGGUUGAUGUGGUUAAGAGGGAGAAAGAAUCAGUUCAGAGGAAAUUGGAGGUGUCGGCGAGGUUGAUUGAGGGGUUGAGGAGGGAGAUUGAUGGUGUUGAGAGGGAAAAGGGUGAAGUUGAGAGGCAGGGAAGUGUCAAGGAAGUGAAGAUUGGUGAAUUGGAGAAGGAGGUUGGGGAAUUGAAUGAGUUCAUAAUGCAAAUGCAGAGGGAGGAGGAAGUUUUGCGCGCUAAGGUUUUGGAGUUGGAGAAGAGGAUUGAGGAGGCUAAGGAUAAGGAAAAGGAGAUGGUGAUGGAGAUUGAUUUGUUGGUGGAAGAGAAGAGGGAGAAGCAACAAAAUAUUGAGAAGUUGAAAGAUGAGAGGGAUUCUAUUCAGAGGGUUUUGGAUAGCACUAGUAAGGUAUCAGAGGAUAGGCAGCAAAGGAUUGGGGAUUUGAUUCGAGAGAAGAAUGAGAUUGAGGAAGUGAAGCUUAGCCGAGAGAGUGAGAUUGUUGUGCUGAAUAUGGAGGCUGGUAAACUCAGGGAUGUAAUUUCUACAUUGCAGGAGUCUUGUAGAAAUGAAGAAGAGAAAAACAAACAAUUAGUGUCUGAAAUUGGUCACUAUAAGGAUGCUUAUGAUCGAGUUGUGCUUGAGAGGGAUCAGGUGCAAAUGGGUUUAGAUGAGGAGAAAAAGAAAGUGAAAAACAUGGAGGUAGUGGUUUCAGAGAUGGAGCAGAGGAUUGAAGGUACUGUGGGGGAGUUGGGGCGAGUGAGAAAUGAGCGUGAGAAUCUGAUUGAGAGAAAUAAAGCAGUGGAAAGCCAUGUGGAAGAUUUGGUGAAGGAAAAGGAUUUGGUGCACAAGAGCCUUGUUGAGGCCCAACGCAGAAUCAAUGAGUUAAAGGCUAAAAUGGAAUCAGCAAGCAUUAAUUCAGAGCGGGCAUUGAGUAUGGUGAAGAGCACUGCGGCAUUGGUGUGUGAUUCAAGAGAUGAUAGAGAUGGUAAGGAAGAAGUGAUUAUCAAUGGGCAGAAGCUAGAGGAAGAAAUUGAGCCAUAUGCGGCAGAGUUGGAUGCCAUUAGGAAUGCUUUCAAAAACAAGGAGAAGAUCGUGGAGGAUACGAAGAAACAGGUUGAGUUUCUACAGAACUCUGUGGCAAAUGCAAAUAAGAGGAAGAGUUUCUGGACUGUGGUUUCUUCUGCAACUACAAUUUUUGCUGCAGCAUCUGUUGCUUAUGUUGCAAGAGGACGCUGAAUGCCAAACGGUUCAAGUUUUGGUCUUCUGUUAUUGGGACAAGAUGCUUUUGUAUCUUGGAUCAACUAAUCAAGUCCAGUUGACGAGAAAACUUAAUGUCAUUUGGGUACUUUCAGACUACUUAUGAUAAUAAAGUGUCUCUUAAAGCAGUAGAAAUUACUAUCUUGGCAAAUCGUUUACUGCUUUUUCGAUAUAUGAAACAACCUCUUAUCAGUUUA